UGUGGAUUUACUAUACGCCAUUAUGGAUUCGUUAGUAAAUUAUGCUAGUGACGGUGAAAACAGUAAUAAUUCUGUCGAUGGAAAGAUAGUCUAAUUUUGGUAAAGGAGAUCAAAUUACUGAUUGGAGAGUAUUUAUUCUGUUUUCAAGAUGUUUGCUGAAGAAAGUGGCAGUCUAACGAACAGAAGGGCCAGUGAUGCUAAUUACGAUCCAGUACAAAUGGACAUGAGUGAGGAAAGCAACAAUAAUAAUACAUCGGACGAUUCAAGUAGCGAGCGUGGAAAUAAUUCUCCACCAAAUAGACGAGAUUCAAACAUACCAAAAAGAGAUUCGCCCGCAAGAUCUCCACCACUGAGGCACUCAGAAAGCGAGAAAAAUACUCAAGAAGAUUCAAAACGAGGCGAUCGUUAUGGAAAAGGUAAACAAUCAACAGAAAGAAGUCGCAAAUCCUCCCACGACGAGAGAAGACGCGAUUAUAAAGACAGUAAAGAUUAUAGAAAAUCCCGUGACGAUGAUCGAAGAUCGCGCGACAACGAUAGACGAAGGGACAAAGAUAGAGUGUCAUCGAGUCGAGACGAACGCGACAGAAGUCAUCGUGACGAUCGAAGGGAUAGAGAUCGUGAUCGUGACCGUGAUCAUGGAAGAGAAAAACGAAGGGACAGAGAUCGUGAACGUGAUCAUCGUCGUCGUUCAAGGGAUGAUCGCUCCAAGGAUCGACAUCGCGACGAAAAAUCCACUUCUCAUCACAAGGAGAGUGAACGAACAAGAUCGAGAUCAAGAUCGAGGGAGAGAAAUCAGUCGAAUUACAAUAGAUCGAUGAGCUAUCGAGAGGAGAAGAAUAGAAGUAAAUUGGCUCAAUUGGAGAAAUUAGGUAUUGAAUUAAAAACACCUGAGAAUGAAUCGGGUGUUAUUAAUCCACAGGAGCAACAUUUUUACAAUCCACUCACAACAGCAACGCAAGGGAAAUAUGCCGAACAAAUUCAAAAGAGGAAAUUACUCUGGGCUCAUAAGAAACCGGAUGAAAGUAAAACUUCAACGACAACGACAACAACAUCGAACACUUGGGUGGGUACAACAUUCACGCACGAUCAAGAUGGAAAAGUGACGGCGAAAUUCAAACGACUAAUGGGCAUCAAAGGCGAUUCGCCCGCGAAUACAAAUACAGAAGGUUCAAAACCCGAUAUCCUUAAAAAACAGGAAGAAAUGUUCACCAAUAUGGAACAACAAUACGAAGUAGCUCGUGCUACAACACACACGCAACGUGGCGUUGGACUUGGUUAUGCAACAGGAGGCUAUCAAUUUCCGCGAUAAAAUUUAUUCCCUCCUUUAGAGAAUGCAUUUUCACUACUAUAUUUAGAAAUUAUUCGCCAAGUUGUAUAAAAAAAGAAGGAAUAUUUUUUUUUUGUUUGAAUGCUGUGUGUGAGCGGAAUGAUUGUUAUUAUCAUUUAAGUUAAACUCUAGAACAAUAAUCGAAUUUCAAAUUUAAUUUUUCAUUUUAUUUGUCUUUUCGGCAAUUUUUGGCGCAAGUUUCACUAUGUACAGAGACGCGUUAAAUGAAAAAGUAAUUGAUUAUAAACACAGUUGAUUAUUCGUAUUCAAAGUGAUAUUUCAUCGUAUUAUUACCAGUUACAAAGAGAGUGAUAAGUAUUUUCUUUAAAAAAAAAGUCUCAUUGUCCUCAGAUUUCAAAUUUUGAAUUGAGAAAAAAGAAAAAUGAGGAAGCCAGAUGAUAGGCAUUAUUAUUGUAAUUUAACAAAGGCUUUCAAUAAAA